AUGAAGGUCUUUGUUGCACUUUUAUUUGCAUUUUUAUGCAGCAUUGCUCAUUGCGGUCUCACCAAUGAACAACUCUUACGUACAGUGAAAUCAUCAAAGAGAAAAAUCCUUCCAUUGAACGAUGAAAACUUUGAAAAUAUCCUUAACGGGAAAAGAGACUACCACAUUAUAGCAUUCUUUACUUCAGAAGCUCCUCAGAUUAAUUGUGUAUUGUGUAAAGACAUUGCUCCAGAGUAUGAGCUUGUUGCGCAGUCGUGGUUCCAGGACCAUCCCAAUGGUAUUAUUGAAGCAGAGGAGGAGGAAAAUCAGAACGAUGAAGAAGGAUUGGCCAAAGCACCCUUGAAAAACGUUUACUUUUUCAAGUCAGAGUUUGUUGAAUCAAGAAAACUUUUCUCGUUAUUUCAGUUAAACAAUAUCCCCAAAAUCUUUUAUUUCAAGCCUACAGAGGCCCUUGGUCCAAACAAUUUCCUUAAAGAAAGACAAGAAUAUCAGUUUUUCCAAGGUGAUCAAAAGAGUCUUAUGAUGAGUUGGUUGCAGGAGUUGACUGGUCACAAAUUCAAUGUCUAUAUACCUAUCAACAGGACCAAAUUGUUUCUCAAUAUCUUUGUUGGUUUUACCGGUACACUCUUGGCCAAGAGAUUCCGCAAACAGAUUGGAAAUGUGUUGUUAUCAAAGAUUGCAUGGGUUGUGUUUUCCUUAGUGGCUGUGCUAUUAUUCACCACUGGGUUCAUGUUCAACAAGAUCAGACUGACACCAUAUGUCAUUGAACACCCCGAUGGCAGGACAGAGUACUUUAUGCCUGGACAACAAACACAAUUAGGAGUCGAGACUCAGAUCAUGUCAUUUGUUUAUGGACUUUUGAGUAUCCUUGUCAUUGUUUUGAUCAAAAGAGCACCCGAAAUAAAGACCCCUUCAGUUAACUUGGUAUUGGUGGUUAUUGUUAGUGCGCUAAUAUUUGCAUUGUUUAGUUUUCUUUUGUCGAUAUUUGGAUUAAAAGCAGGAGGAUUCCCAUAUAGAUUUAUCAAGUUCUUUUAA